AUAAGCUAACAAUAUAUUGUGCUCACAAUUAUUUUAUCCAAUAUAGUCAACAAAUUUCAGAUCCGCAGAAAUGAAAACAUCCAAGAUUUACUUUAUACUAUGGUUUAUAAUAAUGAUAGGCAAUAUUAGAGUCUCGAUUGAAAUAGAUGAUGAAGAAGAUCCAGGGAUACUUGACUAUGUGCAAAGCUUACCAAAGUGUUCAAAUAAACAACCACCUUGCAGCGAAUGCCGAAAACAUGUUCUGGCACUUAUACAGCAAGAUGGUGAUCAUACAACUACUAAAACUCCUUCCAGAAUGUGUUGUUCUCAAUUUAUUGAAUGGGGGUACGACUGCUAUUGUGUAUGGGUGUCUUCUGAUGAUCAUGCCGAUUACAUGGAUUUUGGGGAUUCUAUGGCAGUGUUGGAUAACAUUCGAAACGUAUGGAAUCGUUGUAAAUCUGAUGUACUCAUGACUGAGAAUCUGCCAAAUCGGCUAUGAUAUAUGUGAAUUAAAUUAGCUCCAACCUAAUCCGCAUAGGGUAGCUUCCCAGUGUGUUCACGAUAGAGCAUCUUUU